CCACACCCUUACAAUUUCAUUCACAUAUAUCCUUUCUAUACAGAAUUUCCAUCAUCACCAUAAACUAAUUAACAAUGGCUGAAAUCAUUGCCUCUGAACUCCUGAAAGCUGUUUUUGAGAAGCUGUCUUCUGAAGCCUUGAAGAAAAUCGGACGGUCCCAAGGAAUCCAAUCAGAACUGAAGAAACUAGAGAGGACCCUGAACCAGAUCCAGUCUCUCCUUAACGAUGCUUCUCAGAAGGAAAUAACUAAUGAAGCUGUUCAAAACUGGCUCAAUGGUCUCCAACAUCUGGCUUACGACAUUGAUGACGUACUUGAUGAUCUGGCAACACAAGCUAUGCAUCGUGAGCUCACCCAGGAAUCUGGAGCCAUCACCAGCAAGGUAAAAAAGCUAGUCCCAACUUGUUGCAUCAAUUUAUCACUAAGUCAGAGGAUGCAUCACAAGUUAGAUGAUAUUACCACCAAAUUACAAGAUCUAGAAAAGGAGAAGGUUAGUCUUGGUUUAAUUGUAAAAGAUGAAAGGUCAAAAAGAAUUUAUCAGACCUCGCUGGUAGAUACUUCUAGUGUUGUUGGACGAGAAAAGGAAAAGAAGGAAUUGCUCGUGAAGCUUUUAGGGGACGAGCCAUGCGAUAAGAACUUUAGCAUCGUGCCUAUUGUUGGUAUGGGUGGGUUAGGGAAAACCACUCUAGCUAAAAUUUUGUAUGAUGAUGAGGACGUUAAGAAGCACUUUGAACUCAUGGCUUGGGUUUGUGUUUCUGAUCAGUUUGAUAUCUUUCAUAUAAGCAAAGUUAUCUUACAAUCUGUGAAGGGUGAGGACAAGGAAUUCGCAGAUUUGAAUCUGCUUCAAGUAGCUCUUAGAAAGCAACUUAGGGAGAAACGCUUUUUAAUGGUAUUAGAUGAUGUUUGGAGUGAGAGCUAUGAGGACUGGCAAACCCUAGUGAGCCCGUUUCAUGCAUGUGCUCCUGGAAGUAAAAUUAUAAUGACAACACGAAAGGUGCAACUGCUCAAUAAGCUUGGUUAUGAUCAUCUAUACCAUGUGCAGAUUCUGUCACAUGACGAUGCUGUUUCCUUAUUUGCUCAACAUGCGUUGGGUGCAGAUAACUUUGAUUCACAUCCAGAUUUAAAACAAUAUGGUGAAGGCAUUGUGGAAAAAUGUGAUGGCUUACCUUUGGCUUUAGCAGUACUUGGUAGGUUAUUAAGAACAAAGACUGAAGAAGAAGAGUGGAAGGAGCUGUUGAAUAGUGAGAUUUGGAGGUUAGGAAAAAAAGAUGAGAUUGUCCCGGCUCUUAGACUAAGUUACAAUGAUCUUUCUGCAUGUUUGAAGCAGUUGUUUGCGUAUUUCUCCUUGUUCCCAAAGAACUAUGUGUUUAACAAAGACCUGUUGAUUUUACUUUGGAAGGCGGAAGGUUUUUUGAACCCGUCAUCUUCAAACAAGUCAAUGGAACGCUUGGGUCUUGAAUAUUUGGAAGAGUUGUUGUCAAGGUCAUUGUUGCAACAUGCACCUAACGACAAAUCUUCGUUUGUUAUGCAUGACUUGCUGAAUGACUUGGCUACAUCUGUUGCUGGAGAAUUCUUUUCAAGAUUAGACAUUGAGAUGGUACCGGAUGUUAGGAAGGAAGCCUUGGAAAAGUACCGCCAUAUGUCAUUUGUUUGUGACGAAUUUAUAGCUUACCCGAAGUUCGAUCCAUUCAAAACAACUAAAAGUUUGAGAACAUUCUUAUCCUUAAAAGGAAAAGAUAGUUUCGAAAAGUUUUACUUAUCAAAUAAGAUUCUAGUUGACUUACUUCCCGAAUUACCAAUGCUAAGGGUUCUAAGUUUGGGAAAUUUAUGCAUCAGCGAGGUGCCAGAGACCAUUGGCAGUUUGAAGCAUCUCCGGUAUCUUAAUUUAUCUCAAAACCCAAUCACACAUUUACCAGAAAGUGUUGGCAAUCUCUACAAUUUGCAAACAUUACUCCUUUCUGGUUGUAGUGACUUAAUUCAGUUGCCCAACAACUUGUCAAAGCUUAAAAACUUGCGGCAUUUGGACCUUCUUUUUACUCCGCUUUUGAAUAAGUUCCCCCCAUGGAUUGCGCAACUGAAAAGCCUACAGACUCUAUCCAUGAUGGUUGUCGGAAGAGAUAAUGGCCUUGCAAUAACCAAGAUUAAGGACCUUACAGAUUUUUUGGGGUGGAUUCACAUCAAGGGGCUGGACAAAGUGGAAAUGGCAAUGCAUGCACAAGAGGCGAACUUAUUGCAAAAGAGGUUUAGAUGCUUAAAUCUAGAAUGGAGUGAUGUGUUUGAUGGUUCUCGAAAGGAGUCUCUUGAAAAGGAGGUCCUCUGUGUGUUGAAGCCUAAUAGUGCUAGUUUGACAAUCCUUGAAAUAGCGUCAUAUGGGGGUAUAGAAUUUCCUAAUUGGGUUGGGGAUCCAUCGUUUCUUCAGUUGACUGUGGUUAAUAUACGUGGCUGUAAAAACUGUACAUCUUUACCACCACUUGGUCAGUUACCAUCACUCAAGAAGUUGUUUAUUGUAGACAUGGAUGAGGUGAAAGCUAUGGGUUCAGAGUUAGUAGGGACUGGUCUUCCAUUCCCUUCACUUGAAGUUCUUAAAUUAGAAAAUAUGAAGAGGUUGGAAGAAUGGUCCGGGGUUGUUUCGUUUCCAUGCCUUAAAGAGCUUGCUGUAAGAAAUUGUCCUAAUUUUCUUCAAGUGUCACCUGAAGCUCUACCUUCUUUGAAUAUGCUAGAAGUAUCUGAAUGUGAUAGUGCUGUGUUGAGAAGCCUGGUUCAAGUAGCUUCAGGACUUGGGAGAUUGCAAAUAGAAAGUAUUUCAGGGCUUGAUGAUGUGGUGUGGAGAGGUGUUAUAGAGUAUCUUGAAGCAGUCGAAUAUUUGAUGAUAAAAAACUGUAACGAAAUAAGAUACUUGUGGGAGUCGAUGGCUAGUAAGGCUCUUAUACGUUUAAUGUAUUUGGAUGUACUGGAAUGUCAAAAUUUGGUGAGAUUAGGAGAGAAAGAGGAAGGGGAUAGUUGUGGGAGCAAUGUCUUAACAACUCUUAGGACACUAAAGAUCGAAAAAUGUUUGAGUAUGGAGCAUUGUAGGUGUCCAAAUAACAUUGAGGAGUUGGACAUCUCAGAUUGUCCUUCCAUUACAUCUGUUUCAUUUCUUACAACAGCUGGAGGGCAGAAGCUCAAGUUUCUUUCCAUUAAACGUUGUGACAAACUGUUAGAAAAGGAGCUAAUAUUUGGAGGAGAUAACACUAGGGUGCUUGUCAACAACACAAGCAUGCCAAUGCUUCAAAGUGUAUAUAUAUUCAGCUGGCCAAAUCUGACAACGAUCAUUGAAUUGAAGCAGUUGAUUCACCUUACCUCCCUGGCGAUAGAGAGUUGUCCAAAUAUGGAGUCAUUUCCUGACCACGAGCUGCCUUGUCUCACCUCCUUAACAAACCUGGUAAUAUACAAUUGCCCAGGUACAGAUGCUUCCUUUCCUCGUGGGUUUUGGCCUCCCAAUUUGCAAAUCCUUUACAUAGGGGGGUUGAAGAAGCCCAUCUUAGAGUGGGGACCACAGAAUUUCCCAACCUCACUUGUCGACCUGGGGUUAAUUAUUGGACUAGCAGAAGAAGAUGAUGUGAGUAGGUGUAGUCAGUUGUCUCAUCUUCUUCCUUCAUCUCUUACUACUCUUGGGAUAUAUAACUUUAAGAAGUUGAAAUCAGUUUCAGUGGGACUCCAACACCUCACCUCCCUCCGGCAUCUCAUUUUAGCGUAUUGCCCGAAGAUGAGGCAUCUACCAGACAUUCUGCUGCCUUCACUUUUGAGUUUAACCAUCGAUGAAUGCCCAAAAUUAGAAGGAAGGUGCACUAGAAGAGGCUCCUAUUGGUCCCGCAUCUCUCAUAUCCCCUGCAUCAAAAUAAACAAAGGACCUUCUUUUUUUUGAAAUUGUCUGAUUGAUUAUUUGUUUCAAAGAUUCACUCAAAUUAAAGAUGGGUUGAUUAUAACUAGACUAAACCGUUUUUUCUCGGAGCUGUAAUUCAUGAAGCAGGGCAUAGAAUAAAGCAUGUCAUGAGAGUCCAAGAAGGAAAACAGGUUCUUAAAGUUAAGCUCUACUUUGGAACCUGGCCGCCCUGCCACCACUGAUAAACUGGCUAUACUUGGAGAUGGUGUCUGCGUUCUGCAUCAGCAUAAAUAUGAAUCGCAGGAUUUCAAAGAAAUGAGUGAGAAACUUUCCAGAAGAAAUUAAAACAAAGGCAGAGAAGAACGAGCUUCGUGAAUAGAACUUGUUUUAAAGGUGGAAAAAAGCAAAAAUGGAGCAGCAGAUCAAGUGCAUGACCAAUGAUCUUCCACCAUGUGGAUCUAUGACACCACAUCCGGCUGCAUUUCAGGCUGGAGCAAACAAGAUGCCUGUUUUUCUAGAAAAUGGUUACAUUCCAAUGUGGCAGUAUUUACCACAAUCUACGUGUGAUACGUCUCAUGAUCAUGAGCUCAGGCCACCUGCUGCUUAAUAACCUAACCAAUGAGAAAAUUGUUAGCGCAUUGUAGUUUGUAAAUAGCUUGAAUGGGUUGGAUAAGUGGUGAGUUUUAACAGGUCAGUUGACCCAGUCUUCGUCUCGGUUUGACCUGGUAGUGGAAGCGAAUGUUGCAAGUUUGUUGCUGAUUUUAGGGAGAUGUUAACUGAGUUUUUGCAUGUGAUUAUUUCAAAUCUUUUCUUAUGUUAACAUUCUAAAACUUAAUUCCGUACAAUAUUUGUUUUAAAUUUAGAAUUCAGUUAUCUUUUUACCGGAAAGACAUAGGAUUUUAAUCUGUAAAAAAAACUGACUUGAAGUUAUCAAUUAAAUCAU